AUGGGGAACUGCUUUAGUAGUACAGGCGAAAAGGAAUCUAAAAGUAAAAAUGAAAGAGCAAAUCCGCAAGAUGAAGACCUUAGACAGUUUCAAACACCUGUGCCAACGCCUCCUCCCGACCCUAUUAGGCCAGCAGUAAAUCAGGGUGCAGAUACAAGCGAGGUCCCUCCCACCCGAAUAUUCGUAGCACUGUACGAUUAUGAUGCUCGAACCGAUGAGGACCUUAGUUUUAGAAAAGGAGAACACUUGGAAAUUUUAAACGAUACCCAAGGUGACUGGUGGUUAGCUAGAAGCAAGAAAACUAAACAAGAAGGCUACAUUCCAUCGAACUAUGUCGCCCGCUUGCAAUCUAUAGAGGCCGAACCGUGA